UCUGGGUAGUAAUCUGCACCCUCUGGGUAGUAAUCCACAAGGGACUUACCUGCUGUUUAUCUAGGGCUUGGCUACACUGGAGAGUUGCAGCGCUGGUGAUGGGGUUACAGCGCUGCAACUCACUCUGUUUCCACACUUGCAAAGCACAGCCACUGCUGCAACUCCCUGGCUGCAGCGCUGGCUGUACACCUGGUCUGCUUGGGGUGUAGCGAUUCCAGCGCUGGUGAUGCAGUGCUGGUCAUCAAGUGUGGCCACCAAAAGUGCUGUUAUUGGCCUCCAGGGUAUUAGGAGGUAUCCCAGCAUACCUUUUCAGCCACUCUGCUCAUGGUUUCGCAUUCCACUGCCCUGGGCUCAGGUGACGCGCUCUUUAAAUGCCCCGGGAAUUUUAAAAAUCCCCUUCCUGUUUGCUCAGCCAGGUGUGGAGUGCAAUCAAUCAAUCAAUCACUGACCAUGCCUCCACGCCCCAAACGAGCCCCAGCAUGGAACACUUCGGAGCUGCAGGACCUCAUCAGUGUUUGGGGUGAGGAAGCUGUGCAGUCACAGCUGCGCUCCAGCCGUAGAAAUUAUGAUACCUAUGGGCAGAUAUCAAAGUCCUUGCUGCAAAGGGGCCAUGAACGGGACGCGUUGCAGUGCAGAGUUAAAGUAAAGGAGCUGCGGAGUGCCUAUUGCAAAGCCCAUGAGGGAAACCGCCGCUCAGGAGCUGCCCCUACGACCUGCCGUUUUUACAAGGAGCUGGAUGCCAUACUUGGGUGUGACCUCACUGCCAAUCUGAGGACUACGAUGGAGAGUUCAGAGCAGGGAGAAGUGGGGGAGGGUGUAGAGGAAGCCGAGAGUGAGGCUACUGGGGUGGAGGGAAACACCCUGGAGUCCCAGGAGGCAUGCAGCCAGGAGCUCUUCUCAAGCCGGGAGGAAGCUAGCCAGUCGCAGCAGCUGGAACAUGUUGGUGAAGAAGAAUCAGAGGAGCGGGUUUCUGUGUCCUUGAAUCCUCCGGCCCUAUCACAGCCUGCUGAAAGACUACAGAACUUGAGGCUUAAGCCAAGGAAAAGCAAGGAAGAUUUGGUGAAAGCAGUUAUGAAUCAGUAUGCCAGAGAGAAUAAGAGGCUGCAGGACUAGAGAGAGAAAAUGCAUCAGUGGAGGGAAACACAAAGCAGGAGAAAGGAAUUGGCAACCAAGAAAAGCACAAAGCAGCUG